AUGAUUAUCCUGCCUAGGUACUUCGAAUGUGGACUCGAAUCGGCGAAAGGCGCCGAGAAAGCACCUCAUGAAGCGAUAGUGGAUAAACUGCUCGAUUGCGACGAUUUGGCGUUAUAUGUCAUCGGCCAACCUGAAAAUAGCUCUCGUUUCGUCCCUUUGACCAACAAGUUGAAAGAUCAGCGAGCAGUCGAACCACGGCAGUUGGAUGUGGUUGAUUUCAAAAGUACUACUCGAUGGUGGUUGGAACAGCCAAAUCGUUCGGUUUACAGCCAUCAGAUAGAAUUUAUGGUGUCGAUGCCAAUUUAUCACACUGCAGCCGGUAUUCUAGGAGUGGGGCAAGCAAUCUGCCGCGACUCGUCUUGUGUGAUUCGGAAGCGAUUUUCGGCCAGUAACUUUUGGAAGGACUGUGUAAAAUAUCACUGUACAGUAAGUGCUCAAAGAAAUAAAGUAAAUAUGGUACUCACCGUAUUGACCGUUGUUUUGCAUUUUCAGGCCUCACAAUAUAUCGGCGAACUCUGCCGUUAUCUACUAGCCAGCCAGUUGUUCCCGAAGAGGCUACACAUCAAAUGCGUCUCUCUAUGGGAACGGUCUUCGUGCGGAAAUAUGGCAACAAUUUGUGGACCGAUUCCGAGUGAAAAUUGGCGAAUGAAUAUUGAUGGAUAUGUUGGUGCAUGCGGAUUCCUUCCAAUAUAUCCUUUUACAAAGAUGUUUUAUCCAGUACGAUUAAUCCGGGUAGACGAUAAAACCGGUGAAGUGGUACGAUCAGAGUCCGGGCUCUGUGUGCUUGUAAUCCAGUGUAAAGCGGUGUUCCGAACACUAAUCAUUUCCAGUGACUACAUUCUCGUGAAGAAAGCUCUUUCCAGUGCUUUUUCGUGUCUUUGGUGGGUAUUCGCUGCUCUGCACGUCAUGUUGUUUGGACAACAUGAUGGCUGA